CCGCCUCCGCCCCCUCACCGGCCUAGUCGCCAGUGCGGCGCUCGAGUCACCGCGCGCGGGCGGGCUAUAGAAGCAGUCAUGUCGGGAGUCUUGCAGCGCGUCGAGCAGCUGUCCAGUCGGGUGGUGCGCGUCCUGGGCUGUAACCCGGGACCCAUGACCCUUCAGGGCACCAACACCUACUUGGUAGGGGUCGGCACCAGGAGAAUCCUCAUUGACACUGGAGAACCAGCAAUUCCAGAAUACAUCAGCUGUUUAAAGCAGGCUCUGACUGAAUUUAACACAACAAUCCAGGAAAUCAUAGUGACUCACUGGCACCGUGAUCAUACUGGGGGCAUAGGAGAUAUUUGUAAAAGCAUCAAUAAUGACACUGCAUAUUGCAUUAAAAAACUCCCACGGAAUCCUCCGAGAGAAGAAAUUAUAGGAGAUGGAAAGCAACAAUAUGUUUAUCUGCAAGAUGGAGAUGUGAUUAAAACUGAAGGUGCCACUCUCAGAGUUUUAUACACACCUGGCCACACUGAUGACCAUAUGGCUCUACUUUUAGAAGAGGAGAAUGCUAUCUUUUCUGGAGAUUGCAUCCUAGGGGAAGGAACAACUAUAUUUGAAGACCUCUAUGAUUAUAUGAAUUCCCUAAAAGAGCUAUUGAAAGUCAAAGCUGAUAUUAUAUAUCCAGGACAUGGCCCAGUAAUCCAUAAUGCUGAAGCUAAAAUUCUAGAAUACAUUUCUCACAGAAAUAUCCGAGAACAGCAAAUUCUUACAUUACUGAAUGAUAAUUUUGAAAAAUCAUUUACGGCAAUGGAGCUUGUAAGAAGCAUUUACAAGAGUAUUCCUGAGCAUUUACAUAAAAUGGCUGAACAUAAUGUCUUGCUUCAUUUGAACAAAUUAGAAAAAGAAGGAAAAAUAUGUAAGUAUACUUCCAAAUUUCAAUUAUUUUAUUACCGGCAUUUAAAUUUUUUUUUUAAACAAACAAACUAGUUUGCUUUUAGGAAAAAUAACACCCACCAGAGUCCUUCCUUGAACAUCACUGUAAGAUGGAGAAACAAGCACUAGGAAGGGUUAGUAGUGAAAGGCCGGUGGACCACAAAUUGGAACCUAAAGCUCCCACAGGAAUUAGAAUUUUGCUUAGGGGUUGCAGUUCUUACCCACCAGAACUACAAUCAAAGGCGUGUAACGGGAGGAUAGCCUCUCUUCUUCCCGACCACAAGACCACAAAGAAUUUCCCAUGCAGAAGGUUUGGGAACAGCCAAAGGUUUUAGCAGGAGUAAAGGUAGGAAACUCAAAAAUAUUAAAGCAGUAAUUCCAUAAGUGUUUACUAGUGUUAGAUUAAUUCAUCAAAUUAACAAUCUUUGUAGAAGUUUAAUCCUUAAAAUCAAGAAGCUCAAAACUUGAAUUUUGUGUAGAAGCUUCAGCAGUGCUCUUAUACGUACAAAAAAAAUACCACCUUUGUAUUUUAGGAAUUAAUGCUUUUUCUAGCCACAAAAUAACUUAAAAUCCAUUAUAUUUGCUUAUCUUUACUCUCUAAUUUUCUUUCCACAGUUAGCAACACGGAUCCUGACAAGAAAUGGAAAGCUAAUCUUUAGUUUCAGAUUAAUGAAAGCUUUUGUUGGUUUGUUUUGUUUUUAGAGAAUGGUAUGUUUUCUUAACUAUAAUUAUUUACAGCGAAUACAGAGUAUAGAACAUUGAAAAUAACCCUAGAUGUACUUUAAAAUAAUGUCUUAUUUCUUUCUUCUAAAAUAUAUAUUACCUUUCACAUGUACAAUAUGUUACUUAUCUAAUCUGGGUGUUAUAACAUUUUACCAAAAAUUCAGAAUCCAACAGUUUAUCCAUGUUCAACAGAUUUAUGGUUACUUUAAAAAUAAUAAAAUUUAUGUAUGUUAAACUGGGUAUUAUUCCUGGAGAUUAGUUAUCUAUUAGAAAUGGCCAAUAAUAGUAUUUUCUCCAGCUGCUUCAGUUAACAGCACAGAUUUCUGUGUAAUCCUUCUUUAUUUAUAUCUGUAGAUAACAGCUUUAUUUUCAUGUUUCUAUCAAUUGUAUUAUGAUUUUGCUUUAGUUCUAUAGCUCUAUAUCCUGUAUAUUUUUUUUAUAAUGGUAUCUCACAAAUGACUCAUUAACAACUUAUGGUAAGUGAAAAAUAUUAAAUUCCUAAUUAAAAGCA